CCCUGCCCCUCCUUCGGGCGUCUAGUCAGGUCCCGGAGUCCUAAACUGGCAGGCAGGCUGGCCGGCAAGCAGGCGGGGGCCGGGGUUGCAGCCGCGCCUGGCAGAUGGACCCACGGACCCAGAGACCCGGCGCCAUGUCUCACGGCCCCGGGGUCAUUCGCACCACAUGCAGCAGCAGUGGUAUCUUCGGAGUGGGCGCGCCCCCACCGGGCCCGGCCCCAGUCCCAGGCCCCUCCGAGGGGCUGCUGGCCCGCGGUUACCCCACCACCUACCCCGCGUUGCUCAAGGUGGCGCAGAUGAUCUCUCUCCUCAUUGCCUUCCUCUGUGUGAAGAACUCCAUGUGGACUGAUUACAGCGCCUACAGUUACUUUGAAGUGGUCACCAUGUGCGACCUGCUGAUGAUUCUCGUCUUCUACCUGGUCCAUCUCUUCUGCAUCUACAGGAUGCUCACCUGUAUCAGCUGGCCAUUGGCGGAAUUUCUCCAUUACUUAAUUGGGACAAUCCUCCUGCUGAUUGCAUCCAUCGUGGCAGCAUCCAAGAGUCACGGCAUAGGUGGCCUCGUGGCUGGAGCGGUCUUUGGGUUCCUGGCUACUUUCCUGUGCACGGCAAGCAUCUGGUUAUCCUACAAGAUCUCAUGUAUAACACAGGCCACAGCUGCAGCUGUGUGAUGGCGUCACUCGUAAUGCCUCGUGCCCCCUGGUAGGAAGAGCCCCUGUGGGGCUGACAGGGACGUGUGG